AUGUCUGACAGUUGGUAUACGUUAUUGCGUAUGCUCGAGAACGAACUUGGUGUGAAAGCGAAAAGAGAAUAUGUGGAGUCAUGGCAGCAAUCACAAGCAGAGCAGUUUGGGGAUCGUCAACGCAUGUACGAGGCAUUGAAGCACGACUUUCUAGGAAGGGACAUGGCUGAUACAUGCCUCCCAACGAUUCCCAGCGAUUUCGGUAGCGAUCAGUUGAACGUAUUUCCAGCGAAGAACACAGUACUGCAGAUAGUGGAUACGAAGGAUAUGAGUCAUUCCACCCACUCAUUACUCAACGACCUUGCAACGGUGACUCCUGUGCGUCAAGUCUACACGCGCCGUGCAACGGAUGCGGACGUCAACUUCCCACGUGGAAUGCUUCGUUGGACCCUGUCAGAUGGUACUCACCAGAUCGUGGCUAUCGAGAUGAAACGAAUCAACGGAUUACAGCUUAAAACACCAUUUGGCUGUAAGGUACGCAGAGGGAUACUGCUGCUGGAGCCCAGCAAUGUCAAGAUAUUGGGCGGACAAGUCCCUUCGCUUUACGGCCAGAACAUGUUAGCAGAACUCGAAAAGCGUUUCAAGCAGCAACUAAGGAUUGAAAUUGAUCAGACUACGACAGACACAGGCAGACAAGCACACAAUAGCUCGCCAUCAUUGGCUCCUUCGGAUUUGCCAGUGAAUUCAGAAAUUAUGAGGCCUGAACCUGAGAUGCCAGUAGGAGAAACAUCCGAAGAUGACUUUGGCGAUGAUAUGGAUAUUGACGACCUGGAGGCUUUGGAGCGGACGUUAGCUGCAUCCAGACACACCACUUCCUCUUAUGCAUCUUCCACAAUAACAACCAAUACAGUAAUUCCGACAAUGGCUCCCUCUGUCACGCAUGAUGCUGGAUUAAUCUCGAGGCAAGCGUCUCAAUUGCCCCUAUCCCGGUCAUCACCUUCAACACAUACGACAUCGACCACUACUACUGCUGUGGAUGAAACGCUCGCGACAGAGAUUGAGAGGAUGACUGUUGGCAUGCUUAGAAAGAUGCUCAAGAAAGAUACUACAGACAUGGAUACAGUUAUAGUUACCGGUCAAGUGAAACGGAUAUUCAAGCUAAAAGUUACUGGAAUGCGUAUGCGUUUAUUGGCCCGUAUUCGUGAUCCAUCCACAUUUGAGGACUUGGUUGUUGUUUGGCCAGAUGAGGUGGUUAGUAGGGAACUCGGAAAAACGGCCAAAGAUGUCCUUGAGAUGAAGGAGAAGGAAGGUGAUAAAGUUGUAACUGAAACACUGUUCAAACCAUUCUUUGCACGGAUACAUAAUGUGUUAGGGGAGAUGACACUAGAUCUGUCAAUACUUGAGAGCUAUUCAGGAGAAGAAGACAUGCCGGACAUGCCAUUAGUAGUAGAAUUUAAACCGCUUUCAUCAUCAUGA